GCCCGGCCGCGUUUGGCGCCAUCGCCGCCAUGGAGCCCGAGCGGCUGCGGCGCCGCCUCAGCUCCGCGUUCCGCCUGCGGGGGCUCGUCCUGCGCCCGGAUGCCCUGAAGUAUCUCACUGAAGCUUUCCAGUCCACCAGUGAGGGAGAACUUGAUGAUAUAAUUGAAAAUGUCAUCGAUGCAGUUGAAAAACAGCCUUUGUCAUCCAACAUGAUUGAGCAGCCCCAGGUGGAAGCAGCUGUCCAGGAAUGCAGCCGGGCCCCGGAUGAGGCCAUAGAAAAUGUUUUCAACAUCAUUGGAGCCUUUGACAUUCCACGUUACAUUUAUAAUUCAGAAAGAAAGAAGUUUCUGCCCCUGUCCAUGACUGACCUGCCUAGGCCGAGUUUGUUUGGGACUGCCAGGGACAAGGCGGAGCUGUUCCGGGAGCGCUACUCCAUCCUCCAGCAGAGGACUCACAGACAUGAGCUGUUCACUCCUUCACCAGUUGAUGCUCAUCCUGAUGAUAGCAAGAACAAAUUCCAGCUAAAGACAGUAGAAACUCUCUUGGGCAGUGCAGCUAAAGUGGCAGAAGUGAUUGUGCUUGGGAUGAUCACUCAGCUCAAGGAGGGAAAAUUUUUCCUAGAAGACCCCACAGGAGUGGUCCAGCUGGACCUUAGUAAAGCACAGUUCCACAGUGGGUUAUACACUGAAUCCUCCUUUGUUCUGGCAGAAGGUUGGUAUGAAGAUGAAGUUUUUCAUGUGAACGCUUUUGGAUUUCCGCCCACUGAGCCUUCUGCUACCACGAGAGCCUUCUAUGGGAAUAUCAACUUCUUUGGAGGGCCUUCCUCAUCAUCAGUAAAGGCUUCUGCAAAGCUGAAGCAGCUGGAGGAGGAGAAUGAGGAUGCCAUGUUUGUGUUUGUGUCUGAUGUGUGGCUGGACCAAGCAGAAGUGCUGGAAAAGCUUCACAUGAUGUUUUCAGGUUAUUCCUCUGCACCUCCCACCUGCUUUUUCUUCUGUGGAAAUUUUUCAUCUGCACCGUAUGGCAGGAAUCAGAUCCAGUCCCUGAAAGGCUCUCUGAAGGCUCUGGCAGAUAUUAUCUGUGAAUAUCCCAGCAUCCAUAAAAGUAGUCGAUUUGUGUUUGUCCCUGGUCCUGAAGAUCCUGGCCCUGGUUCCAUUUUACCAAGACCCCCCCUGGCUGAAAAUAUCACUCAGGAAUUCAGACAGCUGGUGCCAUUUUCAGUUUUCACCACAAAUCCCUGCAGGGUUCAGUACUGCACCCAAGAAAUCAUUAUUUUUCGGGAAGAUUUGGUCAAUAAAAUGUGCAGGAACUGUGUUCGCUUCCCAAGCAGCACCAUGGACAUUCCCAACCACUUUGUGAAGACCAUCCUGUCCCAGGGCCACCUGAGCCCGCUGCCUCUCUACGUCAGCCCCGUGUUCUGGGCCUUCGAUUACUCCCUGCGCGUUUAUCCCCUGCCAGACCUGCUGGUCACUGCUGACAAACACGACCCCUUCACUGUCACCAGCAGCGACUGCCUCUGCAUCAACCCCGGUUCAUUUCCCAGGAGUGGAUUUUGCUUCAAGGUGUUCUACCCCUCCAACAAGACAGUUGAAGACAGCAAGCUUCAAGGACUCUGAAUUUCUGUGGCACUGAAAAAAGGCAGUGAACCCAUGGGAAGACACCUGUAAUUUUGGUUUUUUUUACAUGCCUUAGUUUUGUGAUGUAUUGUGGACUUUUUAUAAAAAAUGCCAAAGUCAAAACCGAUUUGUUUUGUACACAAAUAAACUUUUACAGGAAAAGA